AUGACCGAGUUCUCAAUGCUUGAAUUGGAUGAAAUUGACAUGAAGAAGAUGCGGUUUCAGCAAGAUGGCGCGACAUGUCGUGGACCCGUGAAACAAUCCGAUUACUGCAUGAUAGGUUUCCUGGUAGCGAAUUCUCUCGUUUCGGUGAUCGACGACCUAGAGACAGCUUAUGUGCCAGCAAAACCGUGGAGAUCAUUUGCCGAUGUGGUAUUCCGUACAUUACCCUAUCCUGUAUGUAUUUUAUGUUUCGGCAAAAAGAACAUACAACUGGAAAAACUGUCGUGCCUCUCUCGAGUUGGAAGCUUUCUUCGUUAA